AUGAGGAAGAAGAAUGUCCUGGCCCCCAUGGUGGUCACCAUCUCUGUUUACAAGGGUCACCUGAGUGAGGGCUUUGGGAAUCAGGAGCCUCUGGCCGGUGUGGAAGUGGAGCGGUGGUACAUGGCACCUGGUGUCCGACGGAUUCCAGUCACAGAGGAUGGACUCACUGGCACCCUCUUCCUACCUUCAGGACCUGGACCUUUUCCUGGUCUCCUGGACCUGUGGGGCGGUGGGAUACAGCUGGUGGAGUACCGGGCAGCUUUACUGGCCUCACAUGGGAUUGCCACCAUGGCUCUGGAUUACCUCACAUGUAAAUACACCAUGGAAACAGGGGAGACUGUGAAGCAGGACUACCUUGAGACGGCCUUUAAAUUCCUCCAGAAGCACCCCAAGGUCCUGAGCAGCAGAAUGGCCAUGCUGGGCCUCUCCCUGGGCACCAGCAUCACCCUGAGGAUGGCUGUGUGUUCUGAAGUUACCAAGUUCAGGUGUGUAGUGUGCAUCAGUGGAAGUCACGUUCAACCCAUGGAUGGAUUUCUGAAGGAAACGGUGGAUUAUUUCCUUAAGAACUCUGGGAAAACUCGCUUUACUAAAGAUGAUGAAGCGAUCUGGAGAGAUCUGCUGCUGCCCAUCCCCUCUGACCCCUCCCUCAAAGUGGAUGUGAGUAACUAA